UUGGGGAGUGAUUCCCCCCCCCCUUUUUUCUUUUUAUUUCCCCCGUUUUUGGAAAGCAAGGGUCACAUUUACCCCCAUCCCUUUCCUUUUUUGGUAACUCCUCACCAAAAGGGGGAGGAAAUACCCGAAUGGAUUUUAAGGAUAGGAUUGGUGUCAGCUGUGUUACAUUGCACACCUAAAUCCUGAUAAUAGGCUUUUCACGACACCCUCCCCAAAUCCUGGGCAGUUAAGCCAAAUGUGUUUUCCGAAAAUCUAGUUCGGGUAUCAUUUUUCUCUUCCCGUCUUCCUUUUUUGGCCCAUCUCGCCCCAAACAUUCUUGUCCAAACAUGACUGGACAGCGGCUUUGGUUUCGUGCCCCUGUAAUAUGACAGUCUGCUAAUACUGCCAGAAGGUGCAGUGUUUGGGUUACAGUCGUGAUUUUUAGCUAUUCAAUCAUAUUAGCAGGCAAAAAAAAAAAAAUGACUUGUUUCUGUUGUACUUGAGUCUUAAGAAAAAGUGCCCAUAGUUUAGUGACAAUUUCCAAAGGCUUUAGUACCACCUGUAUUUUCAAAAUGGGGGACCCAAACUCCCGGAAGAAACAAGCUCUGAACAGACUACGUGCUCAGCUUAGAAAGAAAAAAGAAUCUCUAGCUGACCAGUUUGACUUCAAGAUGUAUAUUGCCUUUGUAUUCAAGGAGAAGAAGAAAAAAUCAGCACUUUUUGAAGUGUCUGAGGUUAUACCAGUCAUGACAAAUAAUUAUGAAGAAAAUAUCCUGAAAGGUGUGCGAGAUUCCAGCUAUUCCUUGGAAAGUUCCAUAGAGCUUUUACAGAAGGAUGUGGUACAGCUCCAUGCUCCUCGAUACCAGUCUAUGCGAAGGGAUGUAAUUGGCUGUACACAGGAGAUGGAUUUCAUUCUUUGGCCUCGGAAUGAUAUUGAAAAAAUUGUCUGUCUCCUGUUCUCUAGGUGGAAGGAAUCUGAUGAGCCUUUUAGGCCUGUUCAGGCCAAAUUUGAGUUUCAUCACGGUGACUAUGAAAAACAGUUUCUGCAUGUAUUGAGCCGCAAGGAUAAGACUGGAAUUGUUGUCAACAAUCCUAACCAGUCAGUGUUUCUCUUUAUCGAUAGACAGCACUUGCAGACUCCAAAAAAUAAAGCUACUAUCUUCAAGUUAUGCAGCAUCUGCCUCUACCUGCCACAAGAACAGCUUACUCACUGGGCAGUUGGCACCAUAGAGGAUCACCUCCAUCCUUAUAUGCCAGAAUAGAGUCCGGACCAGCAAAAUGGCGAAGAUCAGAGUGCAGCAGGAAAUCUUGUCUUGUUUUCUGACCACUUUAUUCUUUCAGAGUUUAAAGAAAAUGGACUCAUGCACAGAACACUAUGCAUUUUGAAACUUGUUCAUCCUGGAUUUUUUUUCUAAUCAUUUGUAUCUCAGAACUUAACAAAAUUUCAAUGUCUUCUGCACGGACUGUGUGAAAGAAGAUGCUUUGCAUAUUUGCUGCACUGCAUCGGCAUCUUACUAAAAUGUGAAAUGAAAGGAC